CGGUUCGGAACCGUCUGCCGAGCGUAGGAGAGCGCCCACGGGAGCCGAUCCCGCGCACGGGCGCGGGAGUCUCGGCGAGGAAACAUGGCGGCCCUGACUACGGUGGUGGUGGCGGCUGCGGCCACAGCAGUCGCCGGGGCUGUGGCGGGCGCGGCCGCGGGCACCGGCGGGGGAGCGGCGCCGACGCCGCAACAGAAUGAUGGUGGAGUUCGUCCUUUUCAGCUUCAGAACUGGAAGCAGAAAGUUAGUCAGAUGAAGAAAGCAGAAUUCAUACGCACAGCAGAAAAAUUAAAGAAUCAAGUUAUUGUCAUAGAAAAAGAUAAACACAAUCAUUUCUACAACCAAAGAGGCGACUUCAAAACUGAGCACAGUAUGCUGGAAGAGCUGGAAAAUAAACUGAUAAACAGCAGGAAGACAGAAAGAGCAAAAAUCCAGCAGCAGUUGGCCAAAAUACAUAACAAUGUAAAGAAACUUCAGCACCAGCUGAAAGAUGUGAAGCCUACACCUGAUUUUGUUGAAAAGCUCAGAGAAAUGAUGGAAGAAAUUGAAAAUGCAAUCAAUACUUUUAAAGAAGAACAGAGACUAAUAUAUGAAGAGCUUAUUCAAGAAGAGAAAACAACGAAUAGUGAGUUGAGUGCUGUCUCUAGGAAAAUCGACUCUUGGGCUUUGGGUAAUUCAGAAACAGAGAAAGCUUUCAGAGCGAUCUCAAGCAAAGUUCCCAUAGACAGAGUGACACCAAGUACUCUUCCGGAAGAAGUGGUAGAAUUUGAAAAAUUCCUUCAGCAAACUGGAGGGCGACAGGGGGGCUGGGAUGACUUUGACCACCAGAACUUUGUGAAAGUCAGAAACAAACAUAAGGGAAAGCCGGCAUUUAUGAAGGAGGUUGUAGAACACCUUCCAGGAAGAACGCUGGAGGAAGUUCAGCAACACGAGAAGUGGUAUCAGAAAUUCCUGGCUCUAGAAGAAAAGAAAAAAGAGUCUAUUCAAAAUUGGAAAACGAAAAAGCAGCAAAAGAAAGAGGCAAUACUCAAGUUAAAAGAAAAGGCAGACACCACACCUAUACCUUCUCAUGGCAAACCAGAAGACAGUCAAAAACAGAGAGAGGAACAGAGAAAGAAGCAGAAGAUGGCAGUUGAAGCUUGGAAAAAGCAGAAAAGUAUAGAGAUGUCAAUAAAGCAUGCUUCCCAGCUCAAAGAAGAGGAAGAGAAAGAGAGAAAGCAGCAGAAAGAGCGCCAGCGGCAGUCCAAGUUAAAACUACUCCUAGAAAGUUAUACCCAACAGAAAAGAGAGCAAGAAGAGUUCCUGAGGCUUGAGAAAGAGAUAAAGGAAAAGAUAGAAAAGGCAGAAAAAAGGAAAACCGCUGCUGAUGAGAUUUCCAGAUUUCAAGAAAGAGAUUUACAUAAACUUGAAUUGAAAAUUCUAGAUAGACAGGCUAAAGAAGAGGAAAAGGCAGAAAAACAAAGGCGACUGGCAAAGUUAAAAGAAAAGGUUGAAAAUAAUGUCAGUAGAGAUCCCUCUAGGCUUUAUAAGCCUACCAAAGGCUGGGAAGAACGAACCAAAAAGAUAGGCCCAUCAGGCUCUGGGCCACUUCUCCAUAUCCCACACAGGGCCAUUCCAACCUGGAGACAAGGAAUCUAGAGGGAGGAUGAGAUAAUGCAAGCGCUAGUCACUUGAUGAGAAUAUUGGUAUAUUGUAUUUCAGGAGCAGGUGGUCAACAAUGCUGUUUAAAUGUCACUAGCUUAGUCAGGUUGGUUAUUGUGCUGUAUAUGAAUUGAGAGGUUUUAAAUGUCUUGUAGCACUGUCAGUAUUCUGUUUCUACAAAGAUGGCAUGUGUUGGCCUAUAUUGAUAUAAAAGUUAUUGAAAUAGGUUUAUGUUACAAACAUUUUUCCAUUUAAAUACUCAAAAUAUUCAAAUUUUUUGUUUUGUUUUUAUCAUGGCUUAAUGACAUAAUUUGGAGAAUCAGUCUUUUUUAAGCCAAAAUUUUGUUACUUUUAUAACUUGGAAGUAACUAAGUUUGAGUAACAAAAAAUGUAAAGUGUCUUUUUAAAAAAGAGUUGUUUAAUAACUUAGUACUUUCCUAAGUUUAACAAAAUGGUAGUGUGUCAAUUGUUUCAUUUUGUGUAAUGAAUAUUUUGUAUUUGAUUAAAGCAUGCUUUGUUUUAUAUGGAGACUAUUUUAAAAAACCUCCCUUGCUACACAUACCUUAUUCAUAUAUUAUGAUGUCAUCAUCUGGGUUUCCUGCAACUGUGUCAUAUUUUCUUUCAAUCUUUUCAGACUCCACAGAUUUAUAAAACCUUUGUGUCUUUGUAUCUUACUGGCUGGCACAGUUUUCUUCUGCUUACCUUUGUAAGCUAGUUUUAAACAGUAUACUGAUGUUUUUUGAUGGAGAAGUAAAAAUCUUUGUGUGAAAACAAAAUUUAAUUCGGCUUUUCAUAUUAAAACAUUUACUGUCAUCCUAACUUUAAUUAGAUUUCAACUUAUAAGGAAAGUACUGUAUAUAAAAUAUAGGAAAUUUACUUCUUACAAACUUUGUCUUUAAAUAUCUUUAAUUAUAAUUUGGGACAUAUAGGCUGAAUGGCCCCCAAAUUACUAGGCUUUGUGAUUUAAACAUUUUCUUAUGUAUCAUUUAAUAGUUACGCACAUUUAUGGAUUCAAAUUAUAUAGGUUCCAAAUUCUGGAAAGUGAAUUCUAAUUGUAGUUAUUGGUGAACAGUGGGAAGUAGCCUUGACUGGAAGUGCUGGUUACUUCCGGUUACUCGUUUUCCACAAGUGUUUAAAUAAUCUGCAGUAAUAUGCAAGAUAGAGGGCUUCAACAGGAAGGAACAGCUGUCUAAGAUAUAGGAAAAGAGCCUUCCCGGGUUGCUGUGCACUGUUCGCAAAUGCGCCUCCAGCUCCCUGAAUCGAAGCUGAGACCCUGGUGAUGUGAAUCUUUAGUCUUUGGUGCUGGUGUUUGGGUUGAACCUAGGGACCUGUGUGUGCCAACUGAUUGUUCCAUGAGCUUUACUUCUAGCCUUGCCUUUAAUUGUGUGUGUGUGUGUGUGUAUAAGCAUCAUGUCUUUGGCGGCAGGCACACAUGGGGGAUAUCAAAUGACAACUUGGUGGAAUUGGUUCUUUCCUUCCACCUUUAUGUUGGUCCCUAGGACUUAAUUCAGGUUGCCAGGCAUGUGUUGCAACUACUGAGUACCAAAAAUUACUCAGGUGCUUUGGAGUGUGAGUUUAAUAAAUAUAAUACUAACCCACAGGUCAUGUUUUGUAAGAAGUUCGUGUUCUACAAUUAAAAGUACACCUUUAUUUGGUUGGUGUUUAAAUAAUCUAGUUUAGGACUAAUCUUUGCUGAAUUCCUUCCUCAUUAGUGCCUGGUAAAUAAACUUAAAGGCAAUAGUAUAUGGCCAAGGAAACUUGAAUUCCAUUUUUGUAUGAAUAAAGUUUUAUUGAAGCAGCCUUGGUUACACGUUGUCUAUGGCUAAGUAUGAUUUAUACUGAAAUUGCAACUGAAGGCCUGAAUAGUUGUGACAGACUAUCAGAACCAUAAAACCUAACAUUUUUAUGGUUCGUCCCUGUGGGAAAAAGUCAGCCUAUAAUUGAAUAAAUGUGUAUUAUCUGUAAGCAUAAAUCAACUUCACUAAUUUGUUACACUGAAUUUAUUAAGAGGAAAUGUAUAUCAGUAUUUCUA